UCGCCGCCAUGAGGUCGUGUCGGCUGCUGUGUCUGCUGCUGGCAGUGACACUGGUCAGAGGAUGGCCAAGCCCCAUGUCCAGAGAGACUGGAGAAGCUGAGAAGAAAGCCGUCACGUACGACGAAAGUCACCAAGAAGUCAGUGAAGAUGGGGUAGGCAAGCAGCAUGUUAAAGGAUACAACUCAGGUCAAGAAGUUGUUGAAGACCUAGCAGAACAAGCUGAUGUUGAAGAACACAAUGAAGAAGUCGAGGAAAGUGCUAACGAAUACAACGUGCCAAUUACUCAAGAAGAUAGUGAUGUAGAUGCAAUAGUUGAGGAAGAAGUCAAGAGCGUAGCAACUUACAAGGAAAAUAGUACGGAUGGGAAAACUGAAGAGAACACAGACGAAGAAACUUCUGAAGGUGACGAAGUGAGCGAAGAGACUGAAGCGUUGUUCCAAGAAGUGCUAGACGCUGCUCCAGAUGACGAAACGGACCAAGAAAGCAGCGGCGAUGAAGACACUUAUGAAGAAGGCAGCGGCGAUGAGGAGCUUGCCCAUGACAAUAUUGGAGAGGAGACUCAAGAGAGUACCGUUUCCGUGGCCCUCAGCUACGCCGGCAUCCCGGACAGCGUGAUCCCGGCCUCGGAUUCGGCCUCUGACUACGCCGACACCCCGAGCAGCGCGAUGCCGGCCUCUGACUACGCCGGCCUUCCGGACAGCAUCACCGAAGGCGCGUCGCCACAGAAGAGCGGCAGUCUGGGCCAGACCGGCAUCGACUUCGGCGCCGGUAUCGAGGUGACGCCGCUGCGUCCCGGUCAGUCGGGCCACCACAACCCGUUCGCGCCCGACUACAAGCCGCCGCCGGAGCUCAGCCAGGCGUGGGAGCUGACCGGUGGCCGUCCGCCGGCACCGGCACCGACGGACACCCAGAGGCCUCCCAACAGACCCUUCACUCAGGUACCGCCCAACAGACCGCCAGCCCAGAAACCGACCAACAUCAACAGGCCGUUUUCUCAGAAACCUGCCAACAAGCCGUUCGCCCAGAAACCUGUAAAUAAGCCGUUUGCUCAGGUCCCUGCCAACAGGCCGUUUUCCCAGAAGCCCGUCAACAAGCCGUUCGCUCAGGUACCUGCCAACAAGCCAUUUCCUCAAACGCCAUUUAACCCAAAGCCUAUCACCCAGCGGCCGGCACAGCGUCCUUCCAAUCCGUUCUUAGAAGGUACAAUCAAUUUACCGCCUUCUUCUGGCUUCCAGAACCCUCAGCGACCUGUCCAGCAGCAGCAGCAGCAGCAGCAGCAGCAGCAGCAGCAACAGCAGGUACCGCAGACCGGCCCCAACUUUGGCAACAAUCCAUUUCUGAGCCAGUCCUCCGGCGGAGGGGGAAGUUUCAUCAACCGUCCCGUCGUUUCGAGACCCGUCGGAACACAAACCAGCGGUGGAGGAACCGGCAGCUUUGGCGGAAGCAGUAGCGGUGGAGGCAGCAACUUCGGAGGGGGAAGUGGCGGUGGGGGCAGCAGCUUCGGAGGAGGAAGUGGCAGCGGAGGCAGCAACUUCGGUGGAGGAAGUGGCAGCGGAGGCAGCAACUUCGGAGGGGGAAGUGGCGGUGGGGGCAGCAGCUUCGGAGGAGGAAGUAGCAGCGGAGGCAGCAACUUCGGAGGAGGAAUUGGUGGUGGAGGCAGCAACUUCGGAGGGGGAAGUGUCGGCGGAGGCAGCAACUCCGGAGGGGGAAGUGGCGGCGGAGGCAGCAACUUCGGAGGGGCAAGUGGCGGUGGGGGCAGCAGCUUCGGAGGAAGUGGCGGUGGAGGUAGCAGCUUUGGUGGAGGCACUGGCAGCGGAGGCAGCAACUUCGGUGGAGGAAGUAGCAGCGGAGGUGGAGGAAGUGGCAGCAGUUUCGGAGGAACUGGCGGUGGAGGUAGCAGCUUUGGUGGAGGAACUGGGGGUGGAGGCAGCAACUUCGGAGGAGGAAGUGGCGGUGGAGGAAGCAACUUCGGAGGAGGAAGUGGCAGCGGAGGCAGCAGCUUCGGGGGAGGAAGUGGCAGCGGAGGUGGAGGAAGUGGCAGCGGAAGCAGCAACUUUGGAGGAGGAACUGGCGGCGGAGGUAGCGGCUUCGGUGGAGGAAGUGAGGGUGGAAGCAGCAGCUUCGGAGGAGGCAGUAGCGGUGCGAGCAACAACUUUGGAGGAGGCAGUAGCGGUGGAGGAAGUGGCGGUGGAGGCAGCAACUUCGGAGGGGGAAGUGGCAACGGAGGCAGCAACUUCGGUGGAGGGAGUGGCAGCGGAGGUAGCAACUUCGGUGGAGGGAGUGGCAGCGGAGGCAGCAACUUUGGAGGUGAAAGUGGCGGUGGGGGCAGCAGCUUCGGGGGAGGAAGUGGCAGUGGAGGCAGCAACUUCGGUGGAGGCACUGGCAGCGGAGGCAGCAGCUUCGGAGGAGGAAGUAGCAGCGGAGGUGGAGGAAGUGGCAGCAGCUUCGGUGGAGGAAGUGGCAGCGGAGGCAGCAGCUUUGGUGGAGGAACUGGGGGUGGAAGCAGCAACUUCGGAGGAGGAACUGGUGGCGGAGGUAGCAGCUUCGGAGGAGGAAGUGGAGGUGGAGGCAGCAAUUUCGGCGGGAGCACAGGUAGUGGAGGCGGCAGCUUAGUUGGCGGCAGCACUGGGGGCGGCGAAGGUUCGGCCGGCGCCGUCAGCGAGCACGUGGUGCUGCGCUGUCCGGGCCCGGCCUCCGCGCUGCCGUGCGUGCCGCGCAGCGCGUGUGACCCCUACUCGGGCUACCUGGUGACCGACAACUACCAGCUGGGCUACCCGAUCACGGCUGAGACGCCCACCGUGGCCAUGGUGCACUGCCAGCUCGGCGGGAACCUGGUCGGCGUCUGCUGCAGAAAGUUCCCCAAGCUGAGGCCGCAGGCGGACGGGGCCGGCCCCAGCGCGGGGGAGGAGUUAGACCCCCAGCCGGAGGCGGACGGGGCCGACCCCAGUGCGGGAGAGGGGUUAGACCCCCAGCCAGAGUCGGAGUCUCCGCUGGGGCAGGGCGAGGCGGCACCGUACGGGCUCCCACAGGAGGCCGCCGAUGAGCCGUCGACCUAUGGGGCUGAGGCCAGACGGGAAGUGCCAUAGGCCGUCCGGUCGGCAGGCAGCGGCAUUUUGUCAAGUUUGGGAGACUUGAACAAGAUCUCUGGUUGUUAACUGUAUAGGACUCUGUUUUUGUUGCGGUUGGCUGUUACGGCGUUGUGGUUUUACAUGUAGUUUAUUUAUUUGAUCACACCUGUGCGUGAUUGUGUUAAUGAUGUUCCAGCCUGAAAUAAACUGGUGUAAAGUGUGAUAUGUGAUGGAGCAUGCAAAUAAAAAUAAAAGCUCUGAG